AAAACCCAACAUAAACUGCUGAACUAACUAAGCUACCACCUUUUAUUUUUUUAAUCAUUCGCGCUAGCUUCUUCUUCUAGAGUCUUCCACUGGCACUGGCUAUUCGCUGCAAAAACUAUCCAAUUUUUUGGCGGAGCUUUCAUUCGGCUUCUCACUGGUUUAGGUGAAUAAUCCCGUGGGGGAAGGAUAAUACUAUGGGGAAAUCAGGGGGUAGAAAAAAGAAGGGUGGUUUGAAUUCUUCAAACCAAGGUCACGUUGAUAGUGUAGGUUCUGCUGCAGCCCCAACGGCUAAUGGUGGGGUUGAGUUGGAUUCAUCUAUCUUUUUGAAGAAAGCGCAUGAGCUGAAGGAAGAAGGGAAUAGAAGGUUUCUGAAUCAGGAUUAUGCUGGUGCUCUUGAACAGUAUGAGAAUGCUCUUCGACUAACCCCCAAAACGCACCCUGAAACUGCUGUUUUUCACAGCAACAGGGCCGCGUGUUUGAUGCAAAUGAAGCCCAUAGAUUAUGAAGCCGUGAUUGCUGAGUGCACCAUGGCGCUUCAGGUGCAGCCCCGUUUUGUCCGGGCUCUUCUCCGCAGGGCUCGGGCUUUUGAAGCCGUUGGCAAGUAUGAAAUGGCUUUGCAAGAUGUGCAGUUCUUGUUGACAGCUGACCCUAACCACCGGGAUGCUUUGGAGAUUGCUCAGAGACUCAGGACUGCAGUGGGACCUCGCCAGGAAGCCCAGCAGGACCUCCACAGUCGCCCCUCCCCUGCUGCCCUUGGCGCUUCUGCGGUCCGUGGUGCCCCUAUUGCUGGAUUAGGGCCAUGUUUGCCAGCUCGGCCUGCGCAGAAGAAGGGAGCAAAUUCAGCCGUUGGAUCAGUCUUGUCGCCUAAUAAUAACAAGCUAGACAAGUCCCAACCAGUUUUGCCAACUGAAAAUGGUCCUGAGACUAAGUCCCAGUUGCCAAAACUGGCAUUGAAGCCUUCAAAUGGUUCUGCAAAGCCACGUAAUCCUAAAAAGGAAGACCACAAGGAACAGUCAUCUCAUGCAUCAGGUAUACUUGGGAAGCAUUCUGAGGUUGCAAUUAAGUGGAGGCCAUUGAAGCUUGUUUAUGAUCAUGACAUUAGGCUUGCCCAGAUGCCAGUCAAUUGCGGUUUUAGAGUACUAAGAGAUAUAGUGAGCAAAAGAUUUCCAUCGUCUAGUUCAGUUCUGAUCAAGUAUAAGGAUAGUGAUGGUGAUUUGGUUACUAUAACCUCUACCGAUGAACUCAGACUAGCAGAGUCUAGUGUCGAUAGCCAUCUCCUGAAAGAACCAGAAGCAGAUAAAAGUGAUUCAGUUUCGAUGCUGAGACUGCAUAUUGUUGAAGUUAGUCCAGAGCAGGAGCCACCUUUAUUGGAAGAAGAGGAAGAAAAACCUGUUGAGAAUGAAGGGACCAAAGGAGAAGAGAGUGGCUCUCAUUCUUCCCUUGGUGAAUCUGUAUCUGAAGUUCCUGAUACUGAGGUUGAUAAGAUAGGGAAGAAUGCUCCAAAGGAAAAGUCUGGAGCCCCAGGAGAUACUGAAUGCAAAGAAGUGGAGAUGGAUGAUUGGUUGUUCGAGUUCGCUCAGCUUUUCCGCUCACAUGUUGGUAUUGAUCCAGAUGCUCAUAUUGACUUGCAUGAGCUUGGGAUGGAGCUUUGUUCUGAGGCACUUGAGGAAACAGUAACUAGUGAGGAGGCUCAGGAUCUAUUUGACAAGGCUGCUUCAAAGUUUCAGGAGGUGGCUGCUUUGGCAUUCUUCAACUGGGGUAAUGUUCACAUGUGCGCUGCUAGGAAGCGGAUCCCCCUGGACGAGUCUGCUGGGAAGGAGGUAGUGGCAGAACAGCUUCAAGUGGCUUAUGACUGGGUCAAGGAAAAGUAUUCUUUGGCAAGAGAGAAGUAUGAGGAAGCACUCUUGAUCAAACCUGACUUUUAUGAGGGACUCUUGGCUCUGGGGCAGCAACAAUUUGAAAUGGCUAAACUUCAUUGGUCUUUUGCACUUGCUAAGAAGAUAGAUCUAUCAGGCUGGGAUUCUAAGGAGACACUUCAACUCUUUGACAGUGCAGAGGAAAAGAUGAAAGCUGCAACAGAUAUGUGGGAGAAGCUGGAGGAACAGAGAGCAAAAGAGCUAAAGGACCCAAAUGCAACCAAGAAAGAAGAAUUGUUGAGAAGAAGAAAGAAACAAGGAGGUGGUACUGAAGGUGAGCCUUCUAGUGUUGGAGGUCAGGGUGAUAUAUCUGCCGAAGAAGCUGCAGAGCAAGCAGCAGUCAUGAGAUCACAGAUUCACCUCUUCUGGGGUAAUAUGCUUUUUGAAAGAUCCCAAGUUGAAUGCAAAUUGGGAAUGAGUGGAUGGAAGGAAAAUCUGGAUGCUGCAACUGAGCGGUUUAAGCUUGCAGGAGCUUCUGAGGCAGAUAUUUCGAUGGUUCUAAAGAAUCAUUGCUCAAAUGGAGAUGCCAGAGAAGGAGAUGAUGAAAAGGUUGUGAACCCACAGCACAAUAAGACUGGUAAACCGGAGAUCAAUAAGGCCAAUCAAGUUAGAGAUAAAUGAUGUGGCUUUGAAAUCUCUUUUACAUCUGUUCAGUUGUGUCUUGAAUGAAGACUCUGGAUGAAGAAGAUCCUUGUCAUUCAGAGGUCAGGAGGGAUGUGAAUUUUUUUGAAACAGAAAUCGAAAAUUUAGGGUGCCUAGCUCUGCUCUUUUUUCUUAUUUUCUCUGAAGUUCUCAGUGAUCUAAUGAUGGGGGAUUAUUUUUUUAACAUUAUUUACACAAUUAUCAAUUUCCAUCAAUCAAUUUCACUUGCUGAUCAGUCAUUUUCGUCCCCUGCUUUGUUCUUACUGCUGUUGCAACGUAAUUGAGGAUGCGUACUUGGUCAAGUCUUGAAAUUGGUUUUGUUUGGUCUUGCCAAUAUGCUGCAUGUGUUACUGAUUUUAUAACGUGAAGUUUUAGAGGGUUAUGCUUAGAAUUUGUUACGUUCGAUCGUAGAUUGAGCUUGUGUCAUUAGCAUUUGAGACAGUGAGUGAAAUUGAUGUAAUUGGGAGAGUUAUUGGAAAAAGGCUUAGUUUGACAAGUUUCACCUUGUAGUUUUUUAUUUUUUGGGUCAAAAACCUUGCGGCUUAUAAUAUGCUACAAAGGGCUUAUAAGAGGCUCUCCAAGU